CGACGUAAAGAUUUACCAAUAAUUUAUCUAAAGAUACUUUCUAAAAAACUGUCGUCUUUAUCUAUGGUCUGAAUAGUUUGAUAAUCUGUGGGUCUGAAACCACAGACUACAUACUAUUCUUCUGAAACUGACAAUCAGAUAACCUCAAAUUGUAAACUGCCAAGAAAUUGCAGUAAAUAUUAGUUGAAAUUGGAAAAUUAUUGACUUUAAAUCAUGUCCAACAAGUCGAAACAGGUCCCCACUGUCGCCUAUAGCGAAUCUGCUAUUCGCAACAAUCUGUCCAUUACUGAAUACUGCAGGACUUCAAUGGCAGCCCUAUCUGGGUGCACUGCAGGCUUGCUUGGCCUGACUAGUUUACAUGGAGCGCUUUUCUACAUAAUGGCAGUUACCACACUUUGGUUGAUGAUAUUGUAUAAAGCGGGCUUUGCUACGUGGAAUAAAUACUUCAUUUCGCGCAAAUCCCUGCUAACCAGCGGCUUUUUCGGACAACUCUUCACCUACAUCCUGUGUUGGACCUUUAGUUAUGGAAUGGUACAUGUGUACUAAAUCCAAAGCCCAACUGUCGAGUGUAAUCGUUACUUUUCAUAUUACAUAAUCCUUAAGUUAAGGUGAGGAUCACUAUCCGAUUUGUAAAGGGAAUUUUCAGUAUUUGUAGAUCAAGCUGUUAAUUUACACGUACAUGGUCAAUAGAUUAACUACAGCUGAAACUGC